AUGCAGAUCAAGAACGUCAUCUUCACUACAUCCUUUGCCACAGUCACUGCUCACCCCGACGCCAAGUCUGACCCAUUUAGUGUUAUCGCUAUUCACUCUGGCUCUAGUGUUCAGAACUCUGCUUUCGAUGCCGCACAUGGCGGCAUUUUUGCUGGUCUGCCUUCCCAGAAUGCCAGCUGUGACAACACCGAGGAACAAUAUGCCACCUUCUACCUAAGCGAAGAAGCCCUGUAUCUCUAUUCCGAGUCCGAUUCUAAACAGGAGAUCUACGUUGAUGCCUCUGAAAUAGGUAAGAUCGGAUACACUACUGGCACAGAGGCUUUGCCUAGGAACGGCGAGCGCGCAGGCUGGGCAAAUAACGAUGGUCAUCUCCAAUUCGCAGGGAAUGACCUCAUUGCUUGCCCCAAUAGCAUUGAUGGUGCUUGGUCUAUUUGGGCUUCGGCUGGCGUUGACAACCCCGCCGGCAACACUGAGUGUGUUGGAAUUGUAUCUCGCAUUGAGUCAAGCUCCUCCAAGGGUUGCACCUACACUUCUUAG